UCAACAAUUUAUUUUCCCUUCUUUAAUUUCUAUUAUCAUCCUCCAUCUGCAAUGGGUUGCGGCAUGUCAAAGUACGGCCUAGUUGAUGUAGGCACAUGUGGCUUCCUCUCUAAAAGAAAUUUCGAGGAAUUGCAUAUGGAUGGCACCGCUUCCACCAAACUACUUAUAAAGGAAGAUGUUGAAUAUGAUGACAUCGAUUUCAAUCAUAGUUGUAAUAGCCUUUCUUCACCAACAAACAAUGCUAAUAUUACUGUAAAAGAAACCACGACAACAACUGGUGGUAAUAAUAGCUCAAUGAACAAAUUUGGUGAGGGUGAGAAGGAAACAGAGGUGGAUCAAGAUGAGAAGGGUGGUAACAAGAAUAACAAAGAAGAAAUCAAAGAAGAAGAAGAAGAUGAACGAGGAAGAAAAAUUUCUGAUUUUGAUGGUUCGUUAAUUGGUUCUCCAAGUUUCAGGGAGUAUUGCACCAAUGUCGCUAAAGAUGACUUUAAGGAUGAUGGUAAUAGUGAUGGAGAAGAGAAGGAAACUAAGGUAAAAGGUAGCCAUUGCAAUGCAUCUCCAAAAUCCAAUGAGGGACCGAUGACCAACUCAACAAAAAUUGAGAGUAAAGGAAGAAGAUUUAGAAAAGUAUUCCCAAUAGGUAGACCAUCUGCUAUGAAAAAACUUCUUCUUAUUUCUGCUUCUCGUGGUAGGCAUGGGAAAUCAGUUGAAAAAACCAUUUGAUCCAAUCGUUGUACAAGGCGAAAGAAAUUAUUUCAUUAUAGUGUGAACAUGUAUAUUUUCAUAUGUUGUAAAGUUUUUAUGUAGUCAUUUUUGGUUUCCGUAUUAUCUUUGCUUCUCUUUUUAGGUUAAGGUUAAUUUUAUAUUUAAGGUUGUAUUAAGUGACUUUGUAAAUUCAAGGAGAAUAAUGCAAUAU